ACCUUUGAUCUUUAUCAUUGCCGCUAUGGCGUCGAGAGAUUUUACACGCGUCCACUAACUCAUUCGUGGUAAAACAAUUUAACAUAACCAGAAUUUAAAUCUUAAUAUUUUUAUACCCAAUUAUAUUGAAGUCAAGUGUAUUUAAAUGUGUGAUAUCAAACAAUGUUGUGUGAUUUAAUGUCUCAAUGAACAAUUCUUGUUACAAUGGGUUCAGAAUUAUUUUGGUGGAUGUUAUAUUUGGUUAUAUUUACAAUAAUAUUACAGAAAGCAUUUGCUGGAUUUAAAAUAUAUAUUAAGAACGCAAAUAAAGUGAGUUCUUUGAAUUUUACUGAAGCGACAGCAUUUUAUGGUUACUAUACGGAAGAACAUAUCGUGGUGACCGAGGAUGGGUAUGUUUUGACAAUGUUUAGAAUACCUAAAGGUAAGAAUUGUGAUAAAGAAGUAAGAACACCUCCAGUUCUACUGAUGCACGGGCUACUCGUAAGCUCUGACGCCUGGAUAGACUCAGGUCCAGAUGCUGGCCUGGCAUACCUCAUAGCGGAUGAGUGUUACGAUCUUUGGAUCGGUAAUGUCAGAGGUAAUCAUUACUCGAAAGAACAUUUGAAAUAUAAUCCAAAAAAAGAUCCAGAAUAUUGGAACUUCACUCCGAAUGAAAUCGGAAUUUAUGAUGCACCUGCUUUAAUCGACUAUGUUCUUAACAAUACUGAUUCGAAGACAUUGAAUUAUAUAGGUUAUUCUCAGGGCGGGAUGAUGUUUGUCAUAAUGUGCUCGGAGAGACCGGGAUACUGUGAUAAAGUUGGUCAAGCCAUUCUCUUGCAUCCAGCUACAAGAAUGAAUUCUACUAAAUCUGUAAUGUUUAGAAUGUUCACUAAGUACUAUGAUACUGUGCAGCCGUAUAUCAGUAGCGCAUCAGAAUUGGAAGCUCUCCCUCAAGGAGGCAUCCUUCAGCAGCUCACCGACGUACUGUGUCGAAAAGAUGUCCUCGCAGACACAAUAUGCAGGUCUAUUUUGUACUUAAUCGAUUCGAGUCAUCCAGGAGCUGUCAGUAUCCCUACUCUACAAGCACUAUCCAAACAUUUUCCUGCCGGGACAUCAGUGAAGGGAAUGUCGUUUUACAAUCAGCGUUUAAGUACUGACAGGUUUGAAAAAUACGACCACGGUAGAGAUAUAAAUUUAAAAGUAUAUGGCGUGGAGAAGCCUCCUGCAUAUAAUAUUAAGGCGGUCAAUAUACCAGUUGUAAUAAUUCACGGUGAAAGUGAUCAUCUGUCGUCUCCAGUAGACGUGCAAUGGUUAUCAACGCAACUGCCCAACUUAGUAGAAUUGUAUUAUGUUCAGGAUCCGCUGUGGAAUCAUCUCGAUGUACUUUAUAAUCAACACCUUAAAGAAAAAAUGUUUCCAAAGAUAAAGGAGUAUUUGUUUAAGAAUAGCAGGAAGAGAUUUUAACUAGAUAUGUAUUUCUAUUUUUAAUUUUUGUUGGUGUCGUUGGUAACCUUAAACCAUGACCAAAAUGUCAUGGACUUAUAAUUAUGAAUGCACGUUAAUAAAUAAAAACUAAACGUUGGCA